UCACGUUGGUCUAAUAUCGCGAGACAAAUGAGGGUAACCCGAAUCACGCUCGGGUCUCACGAGAUGUCCGCAGCGUCACUUGUUUCACAGCAGCGCCGAUGUUUGUAGCACAGAUGGACCACAGACUGUCCGCUUCUGCUGCUGCAAUUUGGCUCAUUGAUUCUGGAAAUUAUCAUGGAUUACGCUGAACACAUUUCGCCAUAAAAAGAAAUCUUUCCCCGUUAAGUAGGAACGCCGCACCCAGAAGGAUGUUUCCGAGCUUGGCACACAGGCCAUGGCAUGUGUUCUGUAGGGUCUCCCUGCACCACAGAUCAUCUCUGUCACACUGGAGCCCAAAGUUCACCCAUUCAAGCUAUGGUUGGCCAAGUGGAGGUAUACAUAGCUGGUGGCUCAGUCAUCCUGACUUCCGUGUUGCAGCUCUAGGACUGAACAAGAUCCAAUACUACUCUACCUCCGGGUCCAGUAAAAAUGACCCUCCCAAAUCUGAACCGGUGGAUGUCAAUGAGAAGGUGGUGGGAGAUUCUGAAAAAUCAGCAGAACCAUCUGCAUUGGGGACGCUGAAACCGGCUCAGCCAUAUCAAGUGAAAGUGCGGGCUGUUUUAAAGAAGAGGGAUUAUGGGGCCAAAUAUACUCAGAACAACUUUAUUACAGCAGUAAGAGCCAUGAAUGAGUUCUGUCUGAAACCAAGUGACUUAGAACAAUUAAGAAAGAUCAGACGGAGAAGUCCCCAUGAUGAUACAGAGGCAUUCACAGUUUUUCUGCGUUCUGACGUGGAGGCAAAAGCACUAGAUGUCUGGGGGAGUCUUGAAGCUUUGGCACGAGAGAGAAAUCUUAGGAAAGAAGUGGAGAGAGAGUAUCAAGAAAAUAUUUUCCGCAAUCAACAGUUGUUGAAGGAAUACAAGGACUUUUGGGGAAACACCAAGCCUCGAUCAGGCAAGAGGACUCCCUUCUUACAAGGCCCAGGGAAAGUUGUAAUGGUUGCCAUUUGUAUAAAUGGGUUGAAUUUCUUCUUCAAACUUUUGGCUUGGGUCUACACUGGAUCAGCAAGUAUGUUCUCAGAAGCCAUCCACUCUCUGGCUGACACCUGCAACCAAGCUCUAUUAGCACUUGGAAUAAGCCAGUCUGUUCGCAACCCAGAUGCUGUGCAUCCGUAUGGCUUCUCCAACAUGCGCUACAUUGCUUCUCUCAUCAGUGGUGUUGGAAUAUUUAUGAUGGGAGCCGGUCUCUCCUGGUACCAUGGCAUCAUGGGGUUGUUGCAUCCAGAACCUAUUGAAUCGUUAUUAUGGGCCUACUGUAUUCUUGCUGGUUCUCUGGUUUCAGAAGGAGCAACAUUACUUGUUGCUGUGAAUGAAAUCAAGAGAAGUGCUCAUCAGCAAGGGGUGUCCUUUUUUGAUUAUGUUAUGCAGAGCCGUGACCCGAGUACAAAUGUGGUUCUGCUGGAGGAUGCUGCUGCUGUACUUGGGGUCAUUCUGGCAGCUGGAAGUAUGGGGCUGACCUCUCUUACAGGUAACCCCACAUAUGAUAGUUUGGGCUCUCUGGGUGUUGGCACGUUGUUGGGCGCUGUGUCAGCAUUUCUCAUCUACACAAACACUGAAGCUCUGCUGGGACGUUCCAUUCAGCCUGAGCGUGUACAAAAGCUUACAGAGUUCUUAGAAAGUGACCCCGCAGUAAGAGGGAUCCAUGACGUGAAAGCCACAGAUAUAGGCUUGAGUAAAGUGCGAUUUAAGGCCGAGGUGGACUUUGAUGGCCGGGUGGUUACUCGAUCAUAUUUGGAAAAACAAGACAUUGACCAAAUACUCAAUGAUAUUCAACAGGUAAAGACUACAGAGGAGCUUGAAAACUUCAUGCUAAAACAUGGUGAGAACAUCAUUGACACAUUAGGAGCUGAAGUGGACCGUUUGGAGAAAGAACUCAAGCAACGUAACCCAGAGGUCCGUCAUGUAGACUUGGAGAUUCUAUGAAAUUAGUGGAAGUUCUCACAACAGAAGACAUUUAGAAAUAAAACAGAAGACAUUGACAAAGAUGAGGAGUGUCAACCGGUGCAAUAUUCCUUUAUCUUGGUCCAUAUAACACUGUAGAGUCAUCAAAUCUAGUGUAAAAACUGACUGUGUUGCUUUCUCUCCCUGCUUCAUGAAGGUAAUGUAUUUUGACUAGACUUGUUGCAUAGUCUGUUGAUCAAUUCUUGAAGUCACAAAGCAGAUAUAGUUCUGUGAGAUCAGUCUCACAGAGAGUAUUUGCAUUUGAAGGUUCAAUUAUACAGUUUGUGUCAGAACUACUAGUUCAUACCCAUACUCAUUGUUUUUAUAAUGGAGCCACGCAUAUAAUGGUACCCUGUUCCUACUAAAGAAACAUAUUUAUUCAGACAAAAUUUUAUUAUAUUAUUAUGGCAAUAAUAGUCCCUUAAAUUAAGCGUUUUUUUAUUACAAACACACCUGGCCUGUUAUUUUACACGCUUCAAAAUGUUGCUACAGUGAGAACAAUAGCAAGUCUGAUUUCUAAUAAUUAUUUGAAUUACACAUGUAAAAAUGUGUGCAACACUCAUCUAUUGAACAUUUUUAAGCACAAUCCAUGGGAAAUCCACAAGCAACAGCAACCCAUUUUUUCACUUCUUAUUUGGCAGCUUAGCACCAGAUGACUGUACUAUCCCAAAGAUAAGGAGAUGAGUAUUAAUAUGAAAACCUUCAAUAACUAGUAGAAAAUAAGUUUCUGUAAUUAAAUCCACGCAUCUUCUCAAAGCCUUGCUAGGAGUGGUUAGGUUGUCUUUACCCUCAAUUACAAAGUGAAAUGACUGGGAUUCAAAUCUUUAUUCAUGAGGAAGGCCAACAUUUCAUCUGUACCCAAAACGAUGUUAAUAAUGUAAUAUUUCAGUGCUUAUUGUGUUUUCACUGCUGAAGAAGGUUGAUUAAAAUCUGAAUAAUUUAAUAAAUUAUUUUGCCAUUUCA